GCGUUUGACUGUCGUGCGCGCGACGUCAAACCCGCACAAGUCUUUUCUUCCCCACUUCUUCUCAUCCUUCCGGACUCUUCCCGAGCCGACAGGGGAGAAGCGCGCGCCUGUGUCGGUUCGAUCCCGGGACGCCGGCGUACAAGGACACCAGACGCCAAGUGAACCGCGACGCGAGGGUGCACCCGCCCCCGCCGCCUCCAGUGUGACCGCCCCCCUCCCACGUGCCACCAUGGGUGGCGCGCCCUCCCCCACCAUGCUCUCCGCCACCACGACCACCACCAUCAGCACCACGGUGCCCGUGGUGCUUCUGCUCGUCUCCGCCGCGUGCCUGUCUCCGAUCUCUGCACAGGUGGACAACGAUCUGGUCUUCGACGAGCCGGGGGCGGAAGCUGCCCGACCGCACGCCGCCCCGCUGCUGCAGAGGCCGCAACACCACCACGGCCACCAACAGCACCACCACCAGGCAGACAACCACUCCUCCACACCAGCACCAGGAAUUCCUGCUCCAGCUGCGACGCGCGAAUCUUUCGUCGUCGCGCCCUUCUCGCAACUGGAGGAUGACUUCCAAGAGGCCGAACUAGCGAGGGACGCAACGGCGCACGCAGAGACAUCUGCCGCCGGCUUCGGAGACCUCCUGCAGCGCGCCAAGCGCCACAUCCUCGACUGGUGGCACGGAGCGGAACCGAGUCAUCACAAGGAAGCCCCGCACUCGCGCGUCCGUCGUCAGGAUGAUGACUACGGCAAUGAGGAUGAUUACGAUGACAACUACAAUGGACCGGACGACGAGAACGGCAACUACGACCAGAAUGGCGACAACGGCAACGGCGACAACGGCUACGGACCGGAAAACGGUGAGGAAGAUGUGCCGAUACCGGGAGACAAUGACGACGAGGACCUCUACGAGCUGGGCCCGCAUUCCGGCUCAGGGGCCGGAAGCCACGGCAUCGGCAUCGCGUCCCCCACCACGACUUCUCCAGAACACGCACCCGCAGAGCCGCAGCCUCCAGGCUCUCCACGCUACUACCGCAUGACUCUGGUCCUGCUGGAGCCGUACCACGAAGACAUGGCCAACCGCUCCAGUUCCAGGUUCGAGGACCUCAGCAGGCAACUCGUGGAUUUUGUCCAGCGGCUGUACGAAGACCUCCCGGGAGAGCAGCGUGCGAUGCUCAUCAGACUGCAGCCAAAUGGUGACCCAUUCAAGUCAGUAGCUACCUUGGACAUCGGGACGCGCUAUUUCUACGAUGCGGAACAAAUUCGGCAGCGGAUCUACGACCAUAUCCGCAACUACCGGUCUCUGGACAAUAUCCCUGCAACUGUCGAGGGCUUCACCUUCAAAGAGUUCAGCGGCCAAAACGGUGCGCGCCCCACCGCAUGCGCUCCAAACGAACUGCCCUGUCGCAGUGGCGAGUGCCUCCCGGCAUCCACGCGAUGCAAUGGCAGGCAAGAGUGCGAGGACGGUUCCGACGAGGCAGGAUGUCCUCCUCCGGCGGUUACAGUGCCAGUGUCCCGUAGCCCGCCUGUGUACGCUGAUACGACUACCACUAGCACAACCACCACCUCCACCACAACAACAACAACAACCACAACCACCACAACUCCUGCCCCGACACCUCCCGUCUUCCCGACCGAGCCCGAACUGGUAACUCAGCGUGCCCCGGAGCCGCCGGAGUCCGAUAGCCUCGCCCGUGGAUCGGGAGCUAUUUUGCCGACGCCUCCGCCGACAUUCGAGGACGAGUGUCGUGCCGACGACAAGGUGCGCUGCGCAGACAACUCGCACUACAUCUGCGCCGUGCAGCGGUGUGACGGCACCGAAGACUGCCGCGACGGAUCCGACGAGAGGGACUGCCCCGGACAGUCGACCACCACCACCACAACGUCGACAGCUGCUCCAGAGCCAGAACCGACUGAGUGUGCUGUUGGCGAGUUCCUGUGCGACCUCAGCCGGUGCAUCCUGGCGUCUCAGCGCUGUGACGGGGUGCGGGACUGCGACGACGGCACCGACGAGCACGAGUGCCCCACGCAAGCGCCCCCUGAGGACGGCUUCCGCUGUGACGACGGCACCUUGAUCGAGUACUUCAAGCGCUGUGACUAUGUAGACCACUGUAGCAAUGGAGAGGACGAGAGGGGCUGCGGAGAACCGACAGACCUGCACGCGGCGCCUAAGAAGCACCUGUGCCCUGACAAGACGCAGUUCAUGUGCACAGACCGGACAUGCAUCGACAUCCGCUACCUCUGCAACGGGGUCACCGAUUGCCCAAACGACGACAGCGACGAGUCGGAUUGCCCCUGCGACCCGCGCACGCAGUGGCAGUGCAACAUGGGAGAGUGCAUCGACCAGAGGCUGGUGUGCGACGGCAAGCGGGACUGCCCCAGGGAUGGCUCGGACGAGGAGAACUGCCCGCCCAGGCAGUGCACGGAGGGCGAAUUCCGCUGCAGGAUCAGCGGCCGGUGCAUCUCGCAGGCGCAGAGGUGUGAUCGGCGUUACGACUGCGGCGACGAUGAUUUCUCGGACGAACAGAACUGCCCAUGCCGCGAGGGCGAUUUCAGGUGCGACAACGGCUUCUGCAUCGACGGCAGCCAGCGCUGCGACGGCGUGAGGCAGUGCCAGGACGGCAGCGACGAGGCGCGAUGCCAGACCGAUGACCAGUGUUCGGCCAACGAGUUUCGCUGUCGGGACGGGACGUGCAUCAGGGGCUCCCUGCGGUGCGACCGCAGGGUCGACUGCUACGACGGGUCGGACGAGGAGGGCUGCCCGCCCAACGCCCCUACGACUGAUACGCGGCCGACGCCGCCCCCGACUUCCGGCUGCCGGAGGGACGAGUUCCGGUGCAACGACGGUCGCUGCCUCGGCAUCUCGCAGCGCUGCAAUGGCGUCCGGGAGUGUUCGCAGGGAGAGGACGAGCGAGGCUGCGUGACGUGUUUGCCGUCCGAGUUCAAGUGCCAGGACCAGUCGCGGUGCAUCGACCAGUCGCUGCGGUGCGACGGCCGCUACGACUGCCCGGACGGGAGCGACGAGGGAGACCUCUGCACCACGCUCCCACCCGAAGAAGUCGCUCCGUGCCCGGGAACCGACUUCACCUGCUCCGACGGCAGCUGUAUUCCGAUAGAGCUGGUCUGCGACGGUCGCGCGGACUGCCCGCGCGGUCUGGACGAGUUGGACUGCGAUAACGACGUGACGUCGCCGCACCCUACCGUGGAAGAUGGAACUGUUACCGGCUUCACUGCAGCGGAACCAUCGCCACCGGACAGUGGUUCGGCAACCACCUGUGCACCUUCCCAGUUCACGUGCCGGGACGGGACGUGCAUCGAGGCCAGCCGCCACUGUGACAGGACAUUCGACUGCCCCGACUACUCCGAUGAGGAGAGAUGUGAGGGAGUGUGCGUCCCGGGUGAGUUCCCCUGUGCGGACGGAAGUCAGUGUGUGCCAGAGUACCAGCGGUGCGACGGCCGACGCAACUGCAGGGACGGGUCCGACGAGGAAGACUGUGAAGGCUGCGCGGACAACCAGUUCGAGUGCAACGACGGCACUUGCAUCGACCUGGCGAGGCAGUGCAACGGCUUCCCGGAGUGCCGUGAUGGCAGCGACGAGUUCAACUGCCCCGACACUGACUUUGACCCCGAGGUGCCUGGUGGAGGCUACACCACUGGCAGGGAGCCCGAUUUCAGCCGCUCCCCGGAUUCCACCGAGUACCCGACUGGCGCUCCGCCGGUAGAUGAAGAAGAGUGCACGGCUGAGCAGUUCCGCUGUUCAAAUGGCUUGUGUAUUUCUGAUACGUUCCGCUGUGAUGGCUACCCCGACUGCAUCGAUGGUUCUGACGAGACUGGAUGCCCACGACGUGAAUGUGCCGUGUCAGAGUUCAGGUGCCGUGACGGGACGUGCAUUCCGCUGGGCCGCCGUUGUGAUGGGCGGACGGACUGUUCCGACUUCUCUGACGAAUACGACUGUCCGACACCUGCUCCAACAUGCAGUGCUCUGGAAUUCACUUGUGGGGAUGGAAGCUGCAUUGACCGUCGACGCGUCUGUGACGGCCGUCCCGAUUGUCGUGACUACUCGGACGAGAGGGACUGUGCUUGCAGGCCCGGAGAGUUCCGCUGCCGCGACGGACAGUGCGUGCCCGACUACCAGCGAUGUGACGGAGUGGCGCAGUGCCGUGACAGCAGUGACGAAUAUGGAUGUCCUCCGCGCCCGCCGCCACCCACGCCCCCCUCAGGAAACUGCUUGCCCGGGCAGUUCGCGUGUGCCAGCGGAGGGCAGUGUGUGCCGCAGUCGUCCGUGUGCAAUGGCCGACCCGACUGCAGGGACCGCUCGGACGAGAGGGACUGCCGUAACGAGACGACAACGACGACGACAACGACGCAGUCACCGCGUGCCUGCUCCAAGGUGGAUUUCCGUUGCGAGAAUGGACCGUGCAUCCCGAUGCACCUCAGGUGCAACCGCAUGGUCGACUGCCCCCUGGACUCGAGUGACGAACUCGACUGCCCUGCCGUACCAACUGUCGGAGGCCUCAACCUGAAGACUUAUCCUGACGACCAGAUCAUCAAAGAAAGCCGCGAGGUGGUAUUCCAGUGCAGAGACGAGGGGCCGCUGAGGGCGCGCGUCCACUGGCUGAGGGCUAACAACCAGCCACUGCCGCCAGGCUCACGGGACGUCAACGGUCGUCUGGAGAUGCCGGAGAUACAGCUUGAACAUUCUGGAACGUACAUAUGUGAAGCAAUUGGGUACUAUCCUUCAACUCCCGGAGCGAGGGCUUAUGUCACACUGACGGUUGAACAAUUGGACCUGCCCGUAACACGACCAGCGUACACCUGCCAACCGUACGAAGCCACCUGUGCCAACCUCGACUGCAUUCCCAAGGAGAAGGUCUGCGACGGAAACUUUGACUGUGUGGAUGGCUCGGAUGAGAUGCGGUGCAGUGCCCAUGGAUGUGAGCCCAACGAAUUCCAGUGUGACAACAAGAGGUGUGUGCUCAAGACGUGGCGCUGUGACUCGGACGACGACUGUGGCGACGGCUCUGACGAGCAGAACUGUGCAACUAAUCCACCAGGUUCUCCGUGCCGAUACAACGAAUUCCAGUGCCGCUCGGGUGACCAGUGCAUCCCUAAGUCGUUCCAGUGUGACUUGGAAGUGGACUGCCAAGACAGGAGUGACGAAAUCGGCUGCUCUCCUGUCUACAUUCAGACCCCUCCACCACCUAUGGUAAAUCUCAACAUCGGCGACACGAUGAACAUCAGCUGCACUGCGAUCGGCGUCCCUACCCCGGAAGUGGUCUGGCGUCUCAACUGGGGCCACAUUCCCGCCAAAUGCACGACCAGGAGCGUGAAUGGCGUUGGCACUUUAAUCUGCCCCGAUAUCCAGGAGACGGACCAGGGAGCGUACAGCUGCGAAGCCAUCAACACGCGUGGCCCAGUGUUUGCAGUGCCGGAUGCCAUCCUGGUAGUGAACCGGCCACCUUCCGUGUGCCAGCGAGGCUACUUUAACGACCUGGCCUACCGCCCAUCAGACUGCAUCCCGUGCUUCUGCUUCGGCGUCACUUCGGACUGCUCCAGUGCGGACCUGUUCACGUAUCAGUUGCCUCCACCACUGGACGCGACAACACUGGUUGGAGUGCGCAUCGACCCGCAGACGGGAGCUGUUAGCAUCAGUCCGCAGCUACCGCGGUCACGUCCUGGCAUCCGGCCACUCGAUAGGGCUAGGGGCAGCUUCCAGGUGUACUCAGUGGAGCGUACAUCUGACGGCAUAUACCCAUACUUUGCUAUGCCAGAGAACUACCUGGGUAAUCAGCUCAAGUCCUAUGGAGGCUACCUGAAGUACACUGUCAACUUUGUCGGCCAAGGAAGACCCAACAACGCUCCUGAGGUCAUACUUUCGGGUAACAACUACACGCUGGUGCACGUCCCACGGCAGCAGCCUGAGGCGGGCCGCGACAACGACAUGUCGGUCCGCUUCUUCUACGGUGAAUGGUACAAACGGACCGGUGCCAGGCCUGGCGGUGAUAUUCCUGGGGGGCCUACGGAUGUCCUCGCCUCUCGUGAGGAGAUCAUGAUGGCUCUCAGCAAUGUGGACAACAUCCUCAUCAAGACCCAGCACACAGACGGAGGGCUCCUUAGCACGACAUUAUCCAACAUCCACAUGGACUCUGCUGCAAUCCGCAACACCGGCCAAGGACAGGCAGCUUUCGUGGAGGAGUGCCGCUGCCCACCCGGUUACGCUGGCCUCUCUUGUGAGAGGUGCGCCGAAGGCUACGAGCACCGCCCGCAGGGCCCGUGGCUGGGCGUGUGCGUGCCCAGUGCGCCACCUACACCGCAGUCGUGCCGGCCGGGCGAGUACGGAGACCCGCAGCGCGGCAUCCCCUGCCAGCCGUGCCCCUGCCCGCUCACCAGCCCUGGCAACCAGUUUGGACGCUCGUGUUUCUUGGACACCGAUGGACAGGUUACCUGCGACUGCCCUCCAGGAUAUGUCGGACGCCGUUGUGAACGCUGUGAUGUGGGAUAUACUGGGAAUCCUCUUAUCCCAGGGGACUCUUGCUCUCCAGGCGGACCGUGCGAUCCUGCUGGUAGCCUCUCGACUGAAGUGGAUCCUGUGACUGGGCAAUGUCGUUGCAAGGAACUGACAACGGGGACCCUGUGCAACCAAUGCAAGCCCAACUCUUUCCACCUGGCGCCGCAGAACCCGGAGGGCUGCAUCAGCUGCUUCUGCAUGGGCAUCACCGACUCUUGCACCAGCUCCUCCUGGUACCGCACGCAGAUAACAUCAGCAUUCACACGCGACGCACAGGAUUUCAAGCUUGUUGACGACCCCCUCAACCUGGACCGACCCAUCACAGAAGGACUGCGUGUUGACCCUGUGGCCAGAGAGUUAGUCUUCCAAGAUUUCUCCAGGCGCAGCCCUGUAGUGUACUACUGGAUGCUGCCCCCGCAGUUCCUGGGAGACAAGGUGACCUCGUACGGUGGAUACCUGAACUACACGGUGCGCUACGUCCCAGCCCCCGGUGGCCAGAGCUCCAGGAACAAUGCCCCAGAUGUCGAGCUCAUCAGCUCGAACGACAUCAAGCUGAUGUACUUCGGGCGCGACCAGAUCGAGGCGGACCGGCCGCAGACCGUUUCGGUGCCGCUGCUGGAGCAGUACUGGCAGCGCAACGACGGGCAGCAGACGCACCGCGACCACAUCAUGAUGGCGCUCGCCGACGUCCAGGCCAUCCUCGUCAAGGCCACCUACACCACCAACACUCGCGAGGCUGCACUGAUCCAGGUGACAAUGGAUAUAGCCGAGGAGCGCAACACCGGUCAACAGCGCGCUUUCCCGGUGGAGGAGUGCGCGUGCCCCGUGGGAUACCGCGGCCUGUCCUGCGAAGACUGUGACGCGGGCUACACGCGCUCCUUCGAAGGUCUCUACCUUGGACUUUGCGAGCCCUGCAACUGCAACGGACACUCCGACGAGUGCCAUCCGGAGGAAGGAACCUGCUAUAACUGCCGAGACCACACCACCGGUCCAAACUGCGAGCAGUGCGAGCCGGGCUACGAGGGUGACGCGACACGCGGAACAGCUGCCGACUGCCGUCCUACCGGAGACAGGCCUCCGACCAGCGACACGUGCUACUGUGACCCGCGGGGCAGCCGCGGACCUGACUGCCCGUGCGUCUGCAAGACAAACGUGGAGGGCGAACAGUGCAACCUCUGCCGGCGGGGCACGUUCUCCCUGUCCGAGGACCACGUCGAGGGGUGCCUGGAAUGCUUCUGCAACGGUGUGUCCGAGACCUGCCAGGCGUCCAACCUGUACCGCCAACAGAUCCCGAUGCAGGUGUUCGACGAGAACCACGGCUUCACGCUCGCUGACAACAACAGACAGACAAUAAUCAGAGACGGAUUCACAGUGAAUAUGGCCCGCAACGAGAUCGAACACCGUGUGAGUGGAGCCGAGCAGCGACUGUUUUGGUCUCUGCCCCCUUCGUUCACUGGUAACAAGCUCGAGUCAUAUGGCGGCUAUCUGAACAUCACCCAGUCGUACUCGGCGCAGCCGAACUCUCGCCGCUAUUACGACACGGACAUUGUUAUUGUGGGCAAUGGAAUCAGCAUCUACUGGUCAGGCGUCCCAGACACCAGGCCUGAUGUACCAUUUACAUACAGCGUGCAGCUGAAGGAAGGUGUGUGGCAGAGGCUGCUUCCGACAGGCCCGGGACCCGCGUCUCGGCAGGACAUGUUGCGCGUGCUGUCUGCAGUCGAGGCUAUCCUGGUGCGUGCCUUCCACGCGACACUCACCACCGCCACUCGAAUCUCCGACAUCUCACUCGACACAGCAGUGCCGCAGCCUACGGGUCAGGCAGCUGUCCGCGACGUCGAAGUCUGCCGCUGCCCGCCUGGUUACCGAGGAUCGUCCUGUGAGUCUUGCUCACCUGGCUACUAUCGCGACACGAGCCGCGGGCCGGAGAGUGCCACCUGUGUUCGCUGCCCGUGCAACGGCAACGAGGAGAGCUGCUACGCUGACCGCGACGGCCGCGUCACCUGCGUCUGCCAGCCCGGCUACACUGGCCGCUACUGCGACUCCACAGAACGACCACCAAUUGUGACACCAUCACCAUUGCCGGGAUCUACUGACUCUCCGCAGCCGACCAUAACGGUCAGAAUUUCUGAGCCAUCCAUCCAGAUUGUCGAAGCUGGCAGCACUGUCCGCUACAGGUGCACAGGAGUGUCUAUCUAUGAGGUUCCAGUGAGCCUGGUCUGGACCAAGGAAGGCGGAGAGUUGCCGGAUAGGGCUUACGACGACCGCCGCGGCACGCUCACCAUCACCAGUGUCGUGCCGUCUGACUCUGGCACCUACAUCUGUACAGCAUCCGACCAGUACAGCAUCCAGACGAGCCGCGCCGUGCUCACUGUAGGAGGGUCCGGUUCAGAACCACCGAGAGUCGAAGUGCGGCCUCAGUACUUGACCGUCAACGAAGGCGACAGCGCAGAGUUCGAGUGCUCGGCUUCGGGAAUACCCCAACCCGACAUCAGGUGGACACCAGAUGAAGGCCGUCAGCUCAGCCCGCAGGUGUACUACAGUGGAGGCGUAUUGCGCAUACCGUCAGUACGCAAGUCGGACGAGGGUCGGUACACAUGCUCGGCCAGCAAUCCUGCAGGAGAGGACAGGCGCACCGUCUACCUCUAUGUCUCAGAUUCGCCAGAACCUUCGGUGCAGCUCACAAUGCAGCCUUCUACGUACGACGGCCCCGAGGGCGCGACCGUGGUCCUGCGCUGCCUCGCCGGAGGCGUGGCGGGUGCACCGCCCCCGCGCAUUACCUGGAGCCGCCAAGGCGCCGAGCUGCCGCCGAACGCCCGCCAGGAGGACGACGGGCGCGGGUCGGCCACUCUAGAAAUCCCAUCCGCAACUGCGGCCGACUCCGGCGUUUACAUUUGCACGGCUGUGAGAACGACCCCACCGUCCUACACUACUAGCACCGUCAGGGUAGUCGUCACUGCCUACAGGCAACCACCGGUCGUGAGCAUCGAACCGGAACGUCAGACGGUGGCCCAGGGAUCAUUGGCAGAGCUCCGUUGCGUGGCUUCUGGCGAACCCACACCGGCCAUCACUUGGAGCAAGGCCAAUGAGGAACUGUCGAGCAGCUCGCAGGCUGUAGGCCCAGUGCUGAGAAUUCCCAACAUCCAGGUCCAGGACCGAGGCAUCUACAUCUGCACAGCCGAGAGUCCGUCUGGAACGUCACAGGCCUCUGCCGUGCUUGAAGUUGAACGUCGCGAAUCGCCGAGGGUCAGUCUGUUCCCGACAGAGCAGCAGACCGUCAUCACAGGAGGUAGCAUACUGCUGCAGUGUCGUGUCGAGGCCGGCAUUCCUGCGCCCACCGUCACCUGGUCACGCGUCGACGGCAGGCCGCUGCCGUCCAGUGUCGAGGAGCUGCCCGGAGGAGUCCUGAGGUUCACGGGAAUGACAAAAGACGACGAGGGCACGUAUCUGUGCGUCGCCCGUAACGAGGCAGGUGAAGCGCGCCUGACUGGCUCCAUCUCGGUGCAUACUCCGCCACAUAUCACGCUGCUUCCCUCACAGCAGGUGUCUGUGAACGCCGGCCAGAACAUCCGUCUCGAGUGCCGUGCCACUGGUGAUCCUCUUCCCAACGUCUUCUGGCAGACGAUACAGCGUCCAUUUGCCGUGGAGUCGAUGGCACGACCGUCAGUGGCCAUCCUGGAAAUCAACGGUGCGAGUCGCGCGGACGAGGGCUCCUACAGCUGUCUGGCGCAGAAUGCGGCCGGAUCUGCCGAGGAACGCCUCUACCUCACUGUUGUCGAUGCCGGUGCCGGAGUGUAUCCACCUGGAAAUGACACUUACUAUCCUCCGUACCCGCGGCCGACUCGUCCCUACAGCACCGAGCCACCUUUCGGCCAGGAGACCGGCGCUGAAAGUGAAGGGGGAGUCAAGGAACCGACUCCCAGGCCCGGAUACCCGCAGUACCCCGGCCUCACCGUAUCCAGCCAGCGUUUCGAGCUGCCGGUCGGCGGUAGUGGCGAUCUCCGCUGCUCCCUCUCAGGCCGUGACCCCCAGAUCGACCGCAUCUUCCUGCGCUGGAUACGGCCGGACAACCGCCAGUUACCACGCAACAGCUACGAGCGCGACGGUAUCCUGGGCCUGCGCAACGUACAAUAUGGAGACGAGGGCGAGUACAUCUGCCAGGGUGUCAGCCCCACGGGUCAGACCGUCUUCAGCGCCAGUACCUACGUCGAGCUGAUUGAGCUGCCACGGAUCCGGUUAGAGCCGGAGCACCAGGUGGUGAGGCCGGGCGACUCGGCGCGCAUCGAGUGCUCUGUGGUCGGCACGCCGCCCAUCGACAUCAGGUGGCAGGCCGUGGGACGCGGCCUUCCCCCCUCCGUCACGACGUCUGGCGGCGUCCUUCAGUUCCAGGGCAUCACUGUCGCUGAUACGGGACGCUACAUCUGCUUAGCAACCAACAGAUAUGGACAGGCAGAAGGUGCCGCAGAAGUGAUUGUCGAAGACUACGAGUCGCGCCCACCAGUAACUUCCCCGGUCCAGCGCGACCAGACGGCAAACGUGGGCAGCCGCGUAGAGCUGCAGUGCCGGGUGUCGCAGAUCGCGGACAGGGGAGCCUCGUACAGCUGGACGCGCUACGACCGUCGCCCACUGCCGCCCACGUCGACACGCAGAGGGGACACCCUGGUGCUCAACGACGUCCGGCCCGAGGACUCGGGUCGCUACGUGUGCACCGUGACCGAGGCCUACCCCGGCAACCGCCAGUUCUCCGAGUACAUCGACCUGCGUGUCGAGCUGUAUGCGGCAGGUGGGUGCUACUUCGCCCCUCCGGGCGUCUCCGGCGUGGCAGCUGUGGGCGGCUUCCAGUGCCGCACUGGGGAGUGCGUCCCGCUCACGGCUCAGUGCGACGGCCGCAUCGACUGUCGCGACGGCAGCGACGAGCUCUACUGUGGUGGCGGACCUGCCGGCUACCGCAGGGGCGGACGGGGAGUGUCGAGCCUGUCACUGCACAUCGACGCGAGUAGCCAGCAGGUGCGGGCGGGCGACAACGUGGACCUGCGCUGCCGUGUCUCUGGGGCGGAUGGCUCGGUGCCUGUCAACUUCCGCUGGACCAAGGAGGACCGCGACCGGCAGCUCGACGGCAACGUGCAGACUGCCAGCGAACUGCUCAGGAUAACAAAUGUGAGGCCUGAAAAUGGAGGCGUGUACAGGUGCACGGCUUACACCGGUGCUGGGACCUUCAGUGAAGACUAUGUGCUCACCAUUCAGGACAUACCCGACCCGAUGAAUGACGACGCCGCAGCCAUCGAAACACUGACAGCAGAAUACGGGUCGACGGUGAGCAUGGAGUGCAAGACUGACCUGGAACCUCCUGUGAACUACCGGUGGUCACGCCAGGGUGGUGACCUGCCAGACAAGGCAGAGGAGAGACAGGAGUGGCUUCAGAUACGAGAGGUGACGGGCCGCGAUGCAGGCACGUACACGUGCACGGCAGACAACGGCAACUUGCGGAUGGACAUCCCGAAGGUACUGGUAGUGACGGGCGUGGUGCCGUACUUCUCACAGGAGCCCAACGCGUACACGAAGCUGCCGACGCUGUCGCAGGCUUACGUCGGCUUCGACGUGUCCGUCUCCUUCAGGCCAGAUUCCCCAGACGGUAUGAUUCUGUACAACGGAGAGAAGUCAGGGGACGAGGGUGACUUCAUCUCGCUGGGUCUGGUAGAUGGUCGAGUCGAGUUCCGCUUCAACGUCGGAUCUGGCCCCGCAGUGAUAACGUCCCGUGACCGCAUUCGGCUGGGAGAGUGGCACACCGUGCGCAUCGUCCGGGACAAGAAGCGCGGUUCGCUGUACGUCGACAACCAGGAAGCAGUUACGGGCGAGACAACAGGUUUGUUCCAAGGACUGGACCUGAAGGAGCCCCUGUUCAUCGGCGGCGUGCCCGACUACCGCCAGAUCAGCAGCCAGAGCGGCUUCACCCGGGGCUUCAAGGGCUGUGUCAGCCGGCUGGUGCUGAGUGCCGCCAGCCAGCCCGUCGACCUGAUGCGGGAGGCGAUCGAGAGCGAGGGCGUGACGGCGUGCGACGCCUGCAGCCACUCGCCCUGCAGCAAUGGCGGUGUCUGCCAGGAGGCGGCCGACUCGCCACGCGGCUUCACCUGCCUCUGCACACCCGGAUUCUCCGGGACCCUCUGUGACCGCUACGGCGAGGCCUGCUACCCUGACGCUUGCGGCCCGGGACGGUGCCACGUGGAUGACGAGAGGGGCCUUAUAUGUUUCUGCCCGUUCGGACGCACAGGACCGAGGUGCGAGCGGGAGGUGAGCGUGCGCACACCCAUGUUCAACGGGGAGGCCUACCUCGCGUACACCACCCCCGCGAGGGCGACUUCCAAACUGAUAGUGUCCAUCAAGUUCCGACCAGACGACCUCAAUGACGGCAUCAUAGCGUACAGUGGCCAGUCGACAGACGGAAGAGGAGACUUCUUCGCCAUCGUUAUCCACAACAGGACUGUCGAAUUCCGCUACGACACUGGUGCAGGACUGAAGGUACUGCGCAGCCGGCACAGGCUGGUGGCCGGCGAGUGGACGUCGCUGACGGCGCGCCGCGACUACAAGGAGGCGUCACUGACUGUUGCCGACGACCGGCAGACACGGCUCGAGAGUGCCGGUGGGCGCGGGGCUGCCAACCGCGGGCUCAACCUGCGCACGCCGCUCUUCCUGGGGGGUGUCAACUGGGCUGCCAUCACCGUGUCGCAGAACGCCGCCGUAACGCGCGGCUUUGUCGGCUGCAUCUCUGAACUGAAGGUGUCUGGCCGGACGGUGGAUCUAGUGAACGCAUUGGUGGAGGCAGCAAACGUGGAGGAGUGCGUGGACCGAACGCCACCUCCGACGGCCAGCGACGAAGGCUUCGGCCCGACGGCCGUAGGCGGUUGCCGCGGUGACAUGAACCCCUGCCAAAACUCAGCACGUUGCAUCGAGGUUCCUGGCUCUGGUCGCUACUACUGCGAGUGUCCACCGGGAUACACGGGAACGAACUGCGAGACGGCACUGCAGGACCAAGAGGACGCGCUGUGCCGCUCACUGCGGCCGUGCCAGAAUGGUGGCUCCUGCGAGACACGCGGCUCCACCUACCAUUGCCACUGCCCUAUUGGCUGGACCGGAACCAACUGCCAGCAAGCUGCCGACUUCGAGACGGAGGCGGGCUUCCAGGGAGACGGCUGGGUGGAGCUGCCGGGCCGGCUGAUGCCGCACAGUGACCCACACCAGCAGGAGCAGCUGACCGUAGAGUUCUCGACGACGCAGCCUGACGGCAUCCUCUUCUGGCACGGCCAGGAACCGGAGGCCUCCGGACGCGGCCAGGACUACCUCGCUCUAGCAGUUGUGAAUGGCAGCCUGGAGCUCAGCUACGAGCUAGGUUCGGGCCCGGCACGCAUUCGCUACCCGCUGCGAGUGGACGACGGUCGGACGCACACGGCCGUGGCGGAGCGGCAGGCCACGCAGGGCUCGCUGUCCGUCGACAACGGGACGCCCGAGUACGGCGAGAGCGGAGGCCUACGUGCCAUGCUCAAUACCGACGGCAGCAUCUACGUCGGCGGCCUCCCGAACCCGUCGCUGAUGACAGACGGCCGCUACCUGUCCGGACUGACGGGCUGCGUGCACGCCAUCUACAUUGACGAGGACACGGCGCCGCUUUACCUGCGGGAGCUGGCCAUUGGCGGCAGGAACGUCCGAUCCUGUGACUCUGGGUCUGAAAUUGACAACGAUCUGUUCGGACGGCGACAGAGACGACUCACAGCCGGCCACCGCCGAGGCAAGGGCAGGCGGCAGUCGGGGAGGAAAGCGUGAAGAAACUGCGGCAAAUUGAGAAGGAGAUUAAUGCAAUGAUUCUUUUUUGUGUUCACUAAUGUGUACGAGUGUGUGGAUCCAGUGUGGUGCCUUUGACUACCAGGAAAUUGUCAUAUUUCUGUCAGAGUGCUUCUAAUGUACGACAGUUGUAGUGGCGAGUUGCAACAUCUCUGUGUGUUCGUGUAUUAUUUUAAUUGUUCUCACUAAUCGGUGGGUUAAUCCACGGUGCAUCUCAAUUUCUUUUUUUACUGUGCUGUCCCCGAUGUUGAAACUGCCACUAGUUUAUAACAAUUGAGAAUGGUGGUGUCAAAUGCACCGUGCCUGCCUGCAUUUAAGAUAAUAGCUGUUAUUGUAAAAAGUAGGGCUGUGUUACUCUGAUUUCAUUUUCUUCUUAAGUGGCGGAAUGUAAAAGGAAGUAGGGAGAGGAAUGUAAUUUUCCUCCUCCUUUUUUCCUGCAUAAUUUUCUGUCCCCUUCCUCCUGUGUGCAUUUGUGCGUGUGCGAGAGAUAGGAUAUGUUUCUAGCGGACAAGGAAGUGUAACGUAAAAUGUAGCUGGGAAAAUACUGCACAUUUCCAGUUUUGCAUUCCUCUUGAUACGUACCCAUUUACUAGCUCAAAAGUACUGCUAGAAAAUUUGUACAGGAUUAACUUGCAAUUACAAAAAAAAACUGCAAAAAUUAUAGCUAUGACACAUUUGUUACUUGCAGCAUUUUUUGAUGCCAGUAGAAUAUCAGGAAUGUGCAAACACUUUCCCAGUCAUGUUUUAAAAAAGUAUUUUGCAUUACUUCUCAGUUUUAACAUUACUGAAAGCAGUAGUUUCUUCAUGUUAUUAUUAUUACUACUACUACUAUUGUACUACUAUUUUAUUAUUAUUAUUAUUAUUAUUUUUAAUUUAUUGCCACUGUCUCGAUACUCUUUUAUCUCGAGUUUGUAGUGUUCGUUUUUAACUCUGUGCGUAUUAUUCCUCUGUCCUGCCCGCACCACUAGAAUACAACUUUAUAUUACUGUGUAUAAAAUGCGGCACUUUCCUCUUGAGGGGGAGUAGCUGUUAAAUGAAACUGCCAUUGUAUUCUAGUGAAAACUGAAACUGAAAGAUGUUUUUUCUGUGACUUAUUAUUAUUAUUUUGUAACUGAGUGUUUAUAUGGAACUGUGAGGAGAUAUGAGAUGAUUUGCUCUGUUUUGUUUUUUAUGUAUUUUUUUAAAUGUUUGCUGCUAUGUCCUUUGGUGCUACUAAACUUUUUGUGCCAUAGUGUGCAUCCCAAACAAGUGCAGAUUUUUGUAUAUUAACUACUGUAGUAAGACACUGUCAUUGCCUCGAUGAUGACUGUCAGUUUAAGAUAAUACUUAGCGUUUAUUUGUGAAGGAUGAGGAAGAAAAGGUGAAGUAAAGCAUUAUAAUUUUACUGCCAUAAAAGUAAUAAUAAUAAUAAAUUAUGUCUGUUUGUAAGAAAAAAA